AAUAGUCCCCCAUGCUGAGGUCAGAACGCCGUAAUUGUGGAACAGCCCCCUGUCAACACUGCGCCGCUAUUCUUUGGGGUCUGUCAGCUAAAUCACCCCUACAAGAAACAACAGCAUGACUCAGAAUAAUCCUAACCCAAUGGGCCCAUGGAAGAUCACAGUUUAUGACCAGGAGAACUUCCAGGGAAAGCGUCUCGAGUUUACCUCCUCCUGCCAGAACAUCACUGAGUCUGGCACUGACAACAUUCGUUCCCUGAAGGUGGAGUGUGGAGCUUGGGCAGGAUAUGAACACUCCAGCUUCUGUGGACAGCAGUUUGUGUUGGAGAGAGGGGAGUACCCUAACUGGGAGUCGUGGAGUGGCAGCAAUGCCUAUCACACUGAGAGGAUGAUGUCCUUCCGCCCCAUCUGUUCUGCUAGCCACAAGGAGUCAAAGAUGGUGGUGUUUGAGAAAGAGAACUUUAUGGGAAGCCAGUGGGAGAUAAAUGAUGACUACCCAUCACUGCAGGCCAUGGGCUGGGGAACCAAUGAGAUUGGAUCCAUGCAAGUUAAGAGUGGCGCCUGGGUGUGCUACCAGUUCCCUGGUUACCGAGGUUACCAGUACAUUCUGGAGUGUGAUCACCAUGGUGGCGAGUACAAACAUUACAGAGAAUGGGGCUCUCAUGCUCAGUCGUUCCAGGUGCAGUCACUGCGUCGCAUCCAGCAAUGAGCUGUGUCGUCUUCUUGGCUAAAAGCCUCAUGGCUUCCUGCUCCCUCUCUUUCAUCCAUAAUCAUUCCAGCGUUCCCUUGUUUCGGCACUUCUGCUUUCGUCUGUUGCUAGAUGGAAAUUUGUGAGGAGAAAAAAAAUGUUGAUGACUGAAUGGGUUCAAUGACAAAGAGAGGGAUAGGAGAGGCAGCAGCAGAUCAACUCUGCUGAGAAUGAGAUGACAAUUGAAAGUGUCUUGAGAUGUCUGUGAUGCAAUGACGUGAGUAGUCCUAUCACUGGUGUAAGAGAAAACGAGCAAGUCAAAAUAAAGACUAAAACUAGUGUCUGCUGCUAACAAUCA